UGCGCGCGGUGUAAACUUCCGCCUGGGUGUUUAUUCUGUGACGCGGCGGCGGUUCGGUUCGGCUCGGCUCGGCUCGGCUCGGCUCGGUUCGGCUCGGUUCGUCCCGGAGGUUCUGCCGGUGUUUGUGUUCCGCGAUGUCGGCGCUUCACCCCGGAGACCCGCAGCUGGUGUCGAUGAUCGUCAGUCACCUGAAGACCGAGGGUCUGUUCGAUCAGUUCCGCAGAGACUGUCUGGCAGACGUGGACACAAAGCCGGCGUAUUUGCACCUUCGACAGCGAGUGGAUAACUUCGUGUCCAAUCAUCUGGCAAACCACACAUGGAGCCCACAGCUGAACAAGAACCAGCUGAGAAACAGCAUCCGACAGCUGGUCCUGCAGUCAGGGAUGCUGGAGCAGGGAGUGGACCGGAUCGUGGCUCAGGUCGUCGAUCCAAAGGUCCAUCACUCCUUUCGGCCGCAGGUGGAGCGCGUCGUCCGGAAGUUUCUGUCUCCAAACAGCCACGUGGAAGAGGAUGAGAUUCCUCCUGUAGCUCCGCCCCUUCCUGUGGAAAACCAGGAAGUCGAACUGCUGACCGCAGACAUCGGAAAUGAUCCCGCUCCGGCUGGGUGCUCCGGCGCUGAUGAUGUCCAGAUCCCGGAGACCAGCGGCACUGACCCGAGCCUCGAGCACAGAGACGAGGAGAUGGACAUCAGCCUCCCCGAGGAGACGGAGGAGCAGCCGGAGGAACCACAGCCUGGGAAACAGGAAGAGGAAGAGGAGGAGACGGAGGAGGUGAAGGACGAGGGAGACGCCGGGAACAGCAGUAAAUCCUCAGGGAAGAUCCGAGAGGAGAACCGCACAGACACAGACUCCCAGAAACCCUCCAGCGUCAAACAGAAGACCAGAGAGAGACUCAGAGAAGAGUACUCUCUGGAGGACUCUGAUCUGGACGGUCUCAGUGACAUCACGGUGAGUUCGGUCCACACCAGCGAUCUGUCCUCGUUCGAGGGAGACAGCGAUGAGGACGAGCCUCUGUCGGAGUCCACCGAGGAGGGAGAGAUCAGCUCGGGGGGUGAGAAGCGCAUCACGUGAUCAGUGUGUGUGUGU